AUGUCAAGCCGGCAGAUCCACAUCUUCGGGGAUCUCUUUCUCCCUGAUCCGAAAGACUAUCUGCCCGAGGUAGAGCUUGAGAAAGUCAAUCGAUUGCUCCCUCUGAUUGAGAAGUUCAAGAGCUCUCUGAAUGAGAAGCUUAAGAGUUCGGGAACCGAAACAGAUCGCGAGGAUGAAACCACGACGCAGAAUACAAGUGCCUCGACGAGUGAUAGCAUUUACUAG